CACGUGAUUAGUUUAACCAAUCCAUAUCUGUUUUUCGAAGGUUAAAGGUAACCUUCAAAAUGGCGACUGCCGUAUUAGCUCCGACAAAUUAUACAAUGUUAAAUACAGAAGCACGGCUUGGAGAAGACACAAUCGGACCUGGUCUGGCAGACGACUUACAGAAGUUCUAUGAGAAAACAGACAAUAACAGUGAUAAAGAAAAAUGUGUGGAAUUAUUAAAUUCAAUAAAAUUAGGAGAAAGUGUUCAAAGGAAUGUUAUUCAAAGGCCUUACACUGCUGUGCCUUUUUCUGGUCGAGAUCACGUGAACAAUUUUCUGAGCCCCUACCAAACGUCCUACAACCGGGACUACCCCUUGAAACAGCCCAUAGACACAGUUGCAGUAAGACCAAUGACGUCACACGGUUACCCCCCGCAAGAAGGCCCUGCAGCGGAGACGCACUACAGCGAGGAGUUCCGGAAGAAGCCGACUGCUCGCCCGACCACGCCAAUUCGACCCGGGUCAGCGUCCGGAAAUAGGGCGAACAACCCGCAUCCACCACAAUCGUUUCUGGUGUGGAAGUUCCCGCGAAACGGCUGGCGCGAGACGGAGGGCGGCCGCUGGUCCGAGGAGCUGACCAAUGAAAAGAUCGCACAGGUUCACAAGCGCCUCUGCCAGUCCACUUACCAGACGGACUUCUUAGGCACGCCACAGGGCUUCCAGCUUAAGUCUGCGUACAACCUGCCUCCCGACUGGAAGGAGAACAUUCCGUACACCCUGGACUCCGUGCAGCGCUACUGCUACCAAAACAGCACCAACCCCAGCGAGCUGCAGCUGCCCAACACGCGCUAUGGCAGCAACCGGAAGAAGCAGAUUGCGGCGUCCGGAACCAUUCCCACGGCGUCCAGUCGUCACAAUCACAUUCGGAACCGCACAACUUACGACCGCCAUUACAAUGACAACUCAGGGGCGGUGGUACAACAGGUGCGAGAUCUCAGUCACAAACUGGGAGCAGAGGCGCUGCGGAAGUACUACGAGCACGCUUCCGGCGAAGACCGCUCAAUGGCAAAGAACCUGUUGGAGGCCUACUCAGGGCGCCGCGUCCCAGCCACCCCGCAGCAGUCACCACAGCCUCCCAUGGUCGCGAGGCCGCCGUCUGGGGCGCCGCCCGUCGUAAUGAGGCCCACAACGGGUCGCCUGGCGCUCCAUAUGGUGAACAAGCCCGUGUCGCCUGUAAGCACGCCGACGAGCACGCCGGUGUCGACUCCGUAUGUGCCACUUCCGGCCGCUAAGGACCCCCGUGCCAGCCAGCUCUCGUUUCACGUGUACAGCCCCACCCAGAUGAUUGAGCAGGGUUACUUUUAAUUAAAUACUGACUUGGCAAUACAUCUUAAUGCGUUUCGACGUUUAGAAACAAUGGAACAUUCCUGUAAGGCACAAUAAUAGCUCAGUAUCUAGUAAAUAAUUGAAAAUACUUAUUGCAAAUAGAUUUGAAACUUUGUGCAUCGUUAUUGAUUUGUACAUGUAUAAUGAUUAUAUUUUAAAUGAAGAUACUAUAAAAUUGUUAUUUUACUUAUCUAGUCCUAUUUCAACUUAGUAAUACAUGUUUCUAAACCAGAGGCUUUUUGCAUUUAUUUUACACAAUAAUGUGUCUGCCCCAUGUUAAUUUACUACAAAAUCAAUUUGAAUGUGUACAUGUUUUCCUCGCUGAAACAUUAUUAAUGCGUGCAAUGAUAUUUGAUCACUUUGUUUCUACAAUGAUACUAAUUAUAUGCCUUUUACACAUGUAUGGUAUGGCUUACGUAGAGAGCGGACUGCUGCUUCAUGUUUUGAGUUCUAGCUAGCUUUCAGAUACCUUUAAUAACUUGUCUUUGGAAACUCAGGCAAUCGUCCUCACCUGUUUUCUCCAAUCACUCAAUUAUUUCACUCCAAUAACUCGACAAAAAUUUAAUAUUAUGACUAGACUCAAUAAACUCUAUUGAUUGUGGCCUAAAUAAGUAAAUGACCAUCGCUAUCGGCUCCAAAUGUUUCAUAACUGUUGAAAUUGCAUUCACUACUCGAGGAAACACGACGCGAUAUUGUGCAUUGUGUGAAGAGGGUUAUAGUCCAUAAUGUACGUAUACGAAACGUAAUCCGUCUUUGAAUGAAAAAUUAGCCAUGUAAGUUUUCAAACAUAAGAGUUUGCUGUAAUUACAUUUACAUUCCGUCCAACAUAACCCAAUUCAUUAUUUAAUCUGUAUCUGUGCUUUGUAACCAUUUAACUGAUUGUAAUUAUUUAAUCAAUUAUUUAUAUAUUGUAACAAUUAUGUUAGUCAUUCGAACAAUUGUAUCUGUUUUUGCUGUUAUAAAUGCUUUGAUAGGUAUAGUUAAUGUUUUGUUAUGUUUUGUUUUCAAUUCUGUGAUAGAUAUAGCUGGACGUUGUGUCUUUUCAAUGCUAAAGAGUUUUGUUUUGUGUUGUAUUUUUUAUUUAAAAUUAAAUAAAUUAUUGAACCAGUGCCUAA